UUUGUUGUUUUCUUGAUUGAAUCUCAGAGACAAAAAAGAUGAGUUGCUUUUGUAUCCGUCCCAACAAAAGUAACACACAAAAUGUCACCACCACCAUCGCUUCCACUGCAAGUAACCCUGAGAAUACAAUCACCACUGUCGCCACCGCUUCCACUCUCCCACAUAGCUUUCUUUCAAAGAUUUUGGGAAAGGGAAAACUUGAAUCCAAAGUGAAUAAGAAAAAAGAGGAUUCUGCAUCUACGUAUACUGAACCUGUGAAGUUAAAUAUAAGAAAUGAGGCGAUACAGAAAUUCUGUUUUGAUGAACUUAGUGCAGCAACAGACAAUUUCAAGAACAUUGUGGGUCAAGGAGGUUUUGGCGGAGUUUACCUAGGGAUGCUUCAAACAAAACAGGUCGUAGCUAUAAAGCGACGUGACUCAAACGGUGUACAAGGAACCCAGCAAUUUAUUGCUGAAGUGGAGACAUUGAGUAAUGUAAGCCACAAAAAUAUUGUCCAACUGAUUGGAUAUUGUUAUGAGAAGGAGCACAAGCUAUUAGUUUACGAGUACAUGGGUUUGGGAUCUUUGGAAGAUAAUUUGUCAGAUCAUCAUCGGCGAGGUAUUCUUCAUUGGGAUACAAGAAUGAGAAUAGCAACUGAAAUAGCAAAGGGUGUGGAGUAUCUACAUGUUAAAAUGGAUCCUCCUAUGAUAUACCGUGACCUUAAAAGCUAAAGUAUUUUGUUAGGCGAUGUAUAUGAUGUAAAGUUAUCUGAUUUUGGGUGUGCUAAAGUAGGCCCAGAAUAUCGUUCAACAAAGAUUUUUGGCACAAUUGGAUAUUUUGAUCCAGAUUAUACAAAAACAGGUAUUUUGUCAUUCAAAUCAGAUAUUUACUGCUUUGGAGUUGUUCUUUUGGAGCUGAUCAGUGGUACUAAAGCUUUUGAACCAAAUGUUGUUUUAUGGGUAAGUCAAUGUUGGUCUUUUUUGGUCCUUCCCAAAUUGUAGUAGUUUAGAAUUUGAGUUACCUAUAAUUAGUUCUAAAUUAUUGGUAAUGAGUUUCCCUCAAAUCUACAAAAUUGCAGUUGAACCGCUCAAAUAAGUGAACCAUAGUUCAAGUUGAUUAAAUUUAAAAUAAGCAUGUGCAUGAUAGUUUAUAUAAAGUACAUACCAAAUCUCUAUUUUGAAGGUUUCAAAUUUAUGUCUACUAUCCUACAUUAGAAGGCAAUGCUUUAUAAACUGAUCUGGAAAUUAAUCUGUUUAGAAUUUUCUUUGAACCACUUUAAUAAUCGAACUGUUGAUGAUGUUUAAGAGAUGUUUGUUAUACAUAAAGUGCAUAUACCAAAUAUCUAUUUUCAAGGCUGCAAAUUCAUUCAUGUACAUACUUGCCUCAAUUAACAAAAAAAUAUUUCUUUAUUGAUACAUGUGAAUAUUGUUUUGCAGGCAAGUCCUUUAUUUGAAGACAGAUUCGAAGAAAUUGUUGACCCAUUGCUAAAAGAGAAAUAUCCUGCGAGAGAUUUACAGAAAGCUAUUGCCAUUGCUGCAUCAUGUGUUCAAAAGAAAGUUGAUGAUAGGCCCGAUAUAAGUCAGAUUGUCAAAGACCUCGAAGCUCUAAAUAAAAUGAAAUCCAAGGUUGAUGAAGAAGAAAGUUCUGGAGCAGCAGAGAGCAGGGUUGGACAAAGUUCUACUAGUUGAAGUUACAUUCUUAUGGAGUGAAAAUUUUGUUAUGAAUCAGUAAACUAGGAAAUUGCAUUUUUUCUGCUCAUAUGUGACUAUGUUUUUUAAUUUUGUUUCAUUGGAGAUAAUGUGUGCUUUUCAAAUGCAAUUUUCCUUUCCUUAUGUUCUUCUUGAAUUGUUUUGCCUUCUACCCAUUUGUCAGAAUUUUGAGCAUUAUAACUAGGGCUGGGCAAAAAUAACCAAAAACCGAUCCGAACUGGUUAACCGAACUGAACCAUAUUAAAAUUUUAAUUGUUAUGAA